AGGGAUUUGUCAACAGUGAAACAAAACUGGCAUCAUCAAAUCAGAUAAUGGAAUUACCUGUCUCUGACUGUAUGAAUUGUGAUCAGAAAUAGGAGAGUAGAACAUAUGCACUAUCUGCAGGACCUUUGGAAUUGGUUUAAAAACUAAUAUAGAAGAGCUGGCCUGGGGCAUAUGCAACCCAACAAUACGGUCAGGCGUUAACUUGGUACAUCUUAGGCCAAGUCAGUCGUUUCUCUGUGGGAGUAGGAACACAGAAAGAGGGGAGUGGAGCGAAAGUAGAAGCCAGCUACCAGGCAUCCAGAAGAGAUUUUCACAGUAGGAUCCAAGAUAGAAUCUGUAUCUCCACGGGUAGACAUGGCAAGCUGGUAUGUGGUAUGACUUUUUUCAGGUUAGUGUAAGUGUGUUGAUAUGAUAGAGAUUGUGGCAGUAAGGAAAGACACUCAGUAAACUCCAGGCUUGUCUGUUAGUGUUCUUGGGAAAGAUGGUAAUAUGUAACUUAUUAAAAAUCUGUGAUUGUGUAAAACUAUGGGGAGUAAUAAACAACCUGUAGAGAACAAAAGGAACUCAGAGAUGUUUGGGAUUUAGUCAGUAAGUGAAAUCACAUGUGGCAAAUGAAAUUUAAAACUGAAAUUGCUCCCUGAUUUUUAUUACACGCAGACUGGCAGAGAAUAAAACAGACUUGCAAAGUGAAUAAGACUCAGUUGAAACUAAAAGGCCUUUAGAUGCCUUUAGAGUAACUUAAAGCUUUCAUUUUCCUAAACAAGGUGGGGAGCAGUUGGAAAAUAUUACAAGGAGUUGUAAAGUUUGAAAUAUGUGAUGUUUCCCCACAGAAGUCAUGGUCCAAUCCUAUGCUCUGGUCAGAUGUACCAGGGAGACACAGUAUACGGCUGUGGUUGCUGUUUUCGGAGAAAACAUAGACAUGAAUACUUGAAUAGGAGCUGGAAGUGCCAAGUAUUAGUGUACAAGGAUGGGAAAGGUAGAGCACGAGAACAGAUUCCUACUGAGGAAUGUCGGAUAUAAUUUAAAUGAGAAAAAUAAGAACUGACUUUUUAAAUGCCACAUGGUUUAACUGAGACUCUGUCUAUGCUGGGCAUGUCUCCAUUGCAAAAUGAGGCACGGCUCCCUUGUGCUAGUGAAAACAACCAGGGCUUAGUACAUCGCGCAGUACAAGCCAGAGAUACCAGCUUGGCUCUGGCAACUGUUCUUUGUCUGUGUAGAGUUGUGUCUGAGCUAAUAUGCUCAGCAUCUUUGUAUCUCAUAGUCCAAAUUGUCUUUGGGAUGUAACUCGGGACCCUCCCUGCCUUUCCGGCUCCUGCUCAGGAGGUACCUGUAUGUCUGAGCUCAGAAUCUGUUGAGCUGAUCUGGUAGAAGAAUGUUGGAGAGGUUUUAGUCCAGGCAAGGAAAUGACUUUUUUCCUGUCAGUGUUAAGAGCCUCAUGUGCUUAAGCUUAAACAUACGCUCUUGUGCUUUACAAAGAGCUGGUCUCAGUGCCAUGCCGCUCUGUCUUCAACAGCUUUACACUGCAAACGAAGUGAAAAUCUCAUAUUCUGGAAGGUAUGCAACAUGCUUAGAUCAAGUGAUAAAUGAGCACAGGUGAUUAAAGUAAGGUGUGAAUGACUAGCCAGAGGCAGACUAGGUCUAUUUGUGCAUGAAGAUGACACAAUGGCCACGUCUUUAUGGGUAGAUUAAACAGCACUAAGGAGUGCUCCUUAGCAUGGGGGCUCCAUCAUCUCUAGGCAGAACGUUAAAUUCCAUGGCAUUAUGCCUGUUCCCAGAGUAGUUUUGGUCCAGGCUGUUACCAUCCCUCUUUUCAGUAAGUUUGUUUGGGCAUCUUUAGCCAUGCACAAAGAGACUCUGACAAAGGAUAUGCACAUAUUGAAAGUAUGUACUUACUAAUACCCAAAAAAGAGAGCUGGGAUUUAUCUAGCUAUUAAUCUAAGCAUUAGUGCUCACCUCCUCAGAGAAGGCACCUGAAGAACUGUCAGGUUCUGACUGACUGCUGGCCAGGCAGGCACGAGUCAGAGGAGAAGGAUCAACCUCCGCACCUCCCUCAGUUUGGUGGUUGUUGCUGAGUUGCCAUCUUCCACCAGCAACGCCAGCACCAGCUCAUAGGUGACCCAGCUGUCAGCCCUCACCUGCAGACUGCCCAUUAGGCUCUCAGUUUUUCCUUGAGGAUUUUAUACCUUUUCAAGGUGAUGUUUUCCCUCUCAAAUCCUUGAGCUACCAGUGAUCCCCAUCGCAACAAUCCUUGUCCUCUGUCUGUGAUUUUACGUUUCUUUUCUUCCUGUAGGCAUUCUCACAGCUCUUUCUCAUAGCUUUGCAAUGUUCUAAGAAGUCUGAGCCAAGGUUAUACAGCUGGGCCAUAUCAGAGUUACACCCUGGAACCAGCAGUUGAGCCAUUGUGGAGAAAAUAUUAAAGAGUAGGUGAUGGAGAGAGGGUUGCAAGGCCAAACAGCAUUUUCCCAAACAAUCCUUGAGCACAGUUCAGAGGUUAGUGCAAGCCAAGGGGAUCCUCAGUACAUAGUCUGGGAGAACUGCUCUGUUUAGAGGAUAAGUGAUUUUAAUUGUAUGGAUGUGAGGUGCUCUGUGCCAGCUGGUUUCAGUGAGAACAGUCAUCGGCACUUUUAAUUUACUAGUGUAGGUGUGGCCAUGUUGCCUUCCUUGAUUUGUCCUCAGGCAGUGAUCAAGCACGACUUUUCCUGAAAUCAGGUCUACUAGUGGCAUUAGUUUGCCAGGAAAAGACAGACCCUGUGCCCUGGCAAGCACGCUCUGGUCAACUAACCUGGAAAGCUGGCAGCAAUGUUCCCUAGCAGCUUCUAGACCUUUAUACCUGCUGUUAGCGAAGCAUACCUAGGUUCCUCCUGCAAGUUCAUGCACAGGCUGCUCCCAGUGCCAGUCCUGAGCCUCCAAAGGAUUCUUAAGUUAUAUCUGUCGCAAUCUGGGUUGGUUUGAUAGUAGGCUUUUGGAUGCUUACAGCUUACCUGGAGCACUGUAAAAUGCAUCCUAUAUGAGGAAAUCCCAACAUGCGUUAUAUUAUGUUUGGCUUUCUCUAUUGAAUCCAGCUAGAGAAGUGUGCAGAUCUAAAGGAGAAUGAAUAAACAGAUUACACUACAUGUAAAUGUCCUUAGAAGAUGCAUAUCCGGCUGCUCUGUGGUCAACUCUUCUAGUAUGCUUUGCUUCAAGCUCUGCUUGCUUCACACCCUUGGAGCAAGCCACACUGAUUCCAAAGCCCUCUUUGGGCGCUGCAAUUCAGGCUCCCAUGUCAGGGAAAAAGGGAUGUUCUCUGUGAUGCAAGGGCAAUGAGAACCUCACUGACAUCCGCUAUCUUUUCUUUCUUUGUGGAGCUGACAUGGAUUUUCCUGGUGUAGUCUACAGCAGAGGAAAAAUGUCAUUUGAAUUCUUCAUGGUGGCAGCAAGAAUGACAGCUGAAAGACUUAGAGCUUUGGAGGGAAUUCCCAAUGAAAGCUGGAGAUUGACAAAGAUUAAUGAGCGUUAUGAGCUGUGUGAUACAUACCCUGCCAUUCUUGUUGUGCCCGUAAACAUUCCUGAUGAAGAAUUAAAGAGAGUAGCAUCUUUCAGAUCAAGAGGACGCAUACCAGUAUUGUCAUGGAUUCACCCAGAAAGUCAAGCAACGAUCACUCGCUGUAGCCAGCCAAUGGUGGGAGUGAGUGGCAAACGAAGCAAGGAAGAUGAAAAGUACCUUCAAGCCAUCAUGGAUUCUAACGCUCAGUCCCAUAAAAUCUUCAUAUUUGAUGCAAGGCCCAGUGUGAAUGCUGUAGCCAAUAAGGCUAAAGGAGGGGGCUAUGAGAGUGAGGACGCCUAUCAGAAUGCAGAAUUAGUGUUCCUGGACAUUCACAAUAUUCAUGUUAUGAGAGAGUCACUGAGAAAACUGAAGGAGAUUGUGUACCCCAAUAUCGAGGAGACUCACUGGCUGUCUAAUUUAGAAUCAACUCACUGGCUAGAGCAUAUCAAGCUCAUUCUUGCUGGAGCUCUUAGGAUCGCCGACAAAGUGGAGUCAGGGAAGACGUCUGUUGUUGUACACUGCAGUGAUGGCUGGGACCGGACAGCCCAGCUUACCUCUCUUUCUCUGCUCAUGUUAGACGGCUACUACCGAACUAUCAGGGGCUUCGAAGUACUGGUGGAGAAGGAAUGGCUGAGCUUCGGCCACAGAUUUCAGCUGAGAGUGGGCCAUGGAGAUAAGAAUCACGCAGAUGCAGAUCGCUCUCCUGUCUUCCUCCAGUUCAUCGACUGUGUCUGGCAAAUGACAAGACAGUUUCCUACAGCAUUUGAGUUCAACGAGUACUUCCUGAUAACCAUCCUGGAUCACCUGUACAGCUGUUUGUUUGGGACAUUCCUGUGUAGCAGUGAGCAGCAGAGAGUGAAAGAGAGCCUUCCAAAAAAGACCGUGUCACUUUGGUCUUACAUCAACAGCCAACUUGAAGAUUUCACUAACCCCUUGUAUGUAAGCUACUCCAACCAUGUCCUGUAUCCUGUGGCCAGCAUGCGCCACCUCGAGCUGUGGGUCGGCUACUACAUCCGCUGGAACCCCAGGAUGAAACCGCAGGAACCUGUCCACAACCGCUACAAGGAACUUCUUGCCAAGCGGGCUGAGCUUCAGAAGAAAGUGGAGGAACUGCAGAGAGAAAUCACCAACCGUUCCACCUCAUCCUCGGAGAGAGCUGGCUCUCCCGCACAGUGUGUCGCUCCUGUACAGACAGUUGUAUAAUAUGGACUCUUUUGUCGAGUACCUUCCCGGGACCAUCAGGGCAGCUUUUCCGAAACCCUCUGAAUUUCCAUUGUGGUAUCUAGGAGAUGCCAACCUAUUUAUUUAUUUCUCUCCAGGAUAAUUUAUUAGUACUGUAACAAACACUAGCAGAAGCCUAAGCAAAAAAAAAAAAAAAAAAAAAAAAAAAAGCCCCCUAUGCAAUUAUCUCCGUGGCUA